GCUGGUUAUGUGGCUGCUAAUAUGUACAAGAAGAUGGGAGGAGAGAGCUGGGUCUGGAACAUUAACCUCACUUCUUGCCUGUUCUCUUUUCCAUUUUUCCUCAUCUGGAGCGUGAUAAACACAAUGUCCUGGAUGCAGGGGACCACACAGGCACUGCCAUGGGGGACCAUUGUACUCUUGAUGACUCUCUGGGUACUUGUAGGAUACCCCUUGACAGUCAUCGGUGGGAUCUUUGGAAAGAACUACGCCAAUGGCUUUGAUGCCCCUUGCCGUACCAAGAACAUCUCCCGCGAGAUACCAGACGUGCCCUGGUACAGGUCUGCAGGUGUCCACUGCCUCGUUGCGGGAUUUCUACCAUUUAGUGCAAUCUCCGUGGAGCUGUACUACAUAUUUGCCACACUGUGGGGACGGGAGCAGUACACGCUGUACGGAAUAUUAUUCCUGGUCUAUGUGAUCUUACUGAGCGUGACAGCCUGUAUCUCUGUGGCGCUGACCUACUUUCAGCUCUCGGCGGAGGAUUAUCGUUGGUGGUGGCGGUCCAUAUUCAGCGCAGGGUGAGUGACUGUCUUGUUA